GUCGUCGGCGUCGCGGAAAACAGUUUGCCAUGCGACUUGGUCGAGUCGAAACCAUCGUCGUCGACUCGCGUUUCUACCACCACCUUUAUAAAAGAGCUAGUUGGAACGUGCUUCUUCUUCAACGAACGACUUUAACCAACUCGUAUCACAAAAAUAGUAAUCAAAAAUUUACCUAAAAUUGUGCGCGAAAAUUAUUUCAAAUUUUCAAAAUUCUUUUAUUGGGUUUCGAAUCAAAAAUUCUUUAAAUUCUUUUUUUGUUUUGUGAAUUUUCUUUUUGUUGUGUGUCGCGCGGUGAGAGUGUGCGGGGCGCCGCGUCCUGCUGUACACCUUGUGAAAGUUGCCGUUACGCAGGACUUAAAAGAGAGGAGGAAUAAAAUAGUUGUUUGCAAUUUUUUUUUUUUGCGACAAAGUGUAAUGUGACUUUUGAGAUAGACAAAAAAAAAUAUGAGCUCUCAAGUGUUACACGUGGUUCAUGAAAAAGAUCCGUGGAUCGUUGAAGAAGACGAUCACUGGUUCGAAGAAAAUUCUAAUGAAAAUGCCGAAAAGAAAACCAGACGAAAAUCGUGGCACGCGAUUAAAUUUGAAAGGAAACGUAAAAAGGGCAUUAUUGAAAAUGCGCCACCGAUAGGUGAAGUUAGACAGAAAAGACCUUCUUGGUGGAAUAUUUUUGCUGGACAACAAUGGCCUAGGACUCGGAGAGCCUCGCAGGAUAUUGGCCAAGUUAGUACUAGAAAUCCAGACCAAAUUCCUUUUAGGAGUAAGAGCAGGAGCGUGGAUCAUGGUAUAACGGCACCAUUCGACUUGGAAGCCCUGCGAGCUAAAGUUGAUGGUCAUUUAGAGAGAAAUCUAGAAAUAGACGGUUCCACGACCAGCUUAACGGAACGUAGAAAAGCCGGGCCGCCGGAAAACACAACUACAUACACGGUGGCCGAUCGAGACACUCUAACCUCAGUAGCGGCUCGAUUUGACACGACUCCGUCUGAAUUAACCAAAUUGAAUCGUUUACAUACCACUUUUAUCUUUCCUGGUCAACAACUUUACGUGCCAUUACGGGAAACUGCUGAAAACGACUCUGACGGUAGUACGCCCAUUGAAGAUACCCACGAUGAUUUACCACCUGAAGAAAAGGAAUUGUUAGACAACCUGAGACCUGUCAGUCCUAAACCGGGGCAUGCGGAACGUAUCCGCACCCCGUCCGGUCCCACCGGAUCCACAGAAAAUGAGGAGGAAUCAGCUGUUUAUAAGAGAUUCCUUAAAAUCAACGUAAAACAUAUUACAGAUGGACAGGGUGUUGUGAGCGGAGUACUUUUAGUAACUCCCAAUGCUGUUAUGUUUGAUCCUAAUGUUUCUGAUCCUCUGGUUAUUGAACAUGGUCCUGAAUCGUAUGGAGUUAUUGCCCCUAUGGAAUUCGUGGUUAAUGCUGCUAUUUAUAACGAUAUUGCACAUAUGAGAGUAGGUCAUGUUAGCAACAGUGGAACAGAAAAACCUGAAAUAUAUUAUCCAAAGCCUGAAAAAGAACAGAAUGAUUCAUUGCUAGUCAAGGACGAAACGUUUCCUGAAUUAAUUACAGGAGAUGAUGCUGAAUCGGUAUGUUCCUGCACUGAAAGGGAAGGAGAUGCGUUUCCAAAGGCUUUCGAACGAGACUUAGUCACACCGACCAACUUAGAAGACACCGAAUCGCAUGUGAAAACAGCGGAAGAACGACGAAAAUCAUUACUUGAUCAUCAUUGGGCAAUUCCUUCAAAAGACAGAGCUUCAAUUGAUACAGAAGAUUUAUCGGUUCCUUCAUCCGCUCUUUUACAACAUGAAGAGCCAGCUGAGAACGAGGAGAUGUUGGUCAAGUCGAGCUGUCACGAUUCGGGAAUUGAUAUCAGAGAAACCUCUGCACCAUUACCUUCCCCACCUGCUGUUGUACCUGCACCUACCAAAAAGAUAUAUAGUGAUGCCGAUAUAGUUUUAUCAAAGGAUUGGGUUCCUCCGAUCACCAUAGCCCCAACGCAUAUAACGACGAGCGAAACGGAAAGUCCUGCUAGGAAAAAAACGUCGUCUGUUUCUUUUAGUAUAGAUUGUCCUUCGGAUUCAACUGAUCCAAAUAAUUCAAGUUUAGAUGGAAAGAAUGAAGCAGAGAAAUUGGAAACUAGAAAAAAUAAGAUGUUAAAACGGUUAUCCUACCCACUAUCUUGGAUGGAUACAUUUAGCAACGAAAAAGAGGACGAAAAACCAACUUCAGCACAUCCCCAUUCAGCAGCUGACGUCCAUCAUUCCUCGGUAUUCUCAAAGGUUUUCUCCAGCUCGCCGAUUAACCUGGUCGAUUUCGGCACGGGUCUAUUCUUGAGCAAGACGCCGUCGGAAGAGAGCGGUGGUUCUGGCGGUCCCCAUUCGGGCGGAAGCGGGGGCCCGCCUCUUACACCGGCCACCGGCGGUUCGGUUGAUCCGGAUGGCUCCGCUAGCUUCUUUCCAACUAACAUUAUUAGCUCUGUCGGUGCUACCGUCGGCGCGACCGUUGGUGCUGUUGGUGACGCCGUCGGUGCCUCCGUUAACGCUGUCGGCGGGGCAGUUAAUGCUGUAGGCGGUGCUGUUAACGCAGUUGGGGCUACUGUUGGUGCCGUCGGGCGGUCGUCUGUUGGGACAAUUAUGAAACAAUCGACGGAUUCCUCAAAAGUGUCAAAAGCUCCCCCUCCAAAGCUUGAUUAUCGGUCAAUGGUUUCUGUGGAUGAUAUGCCAGAACUCUUCCUUUCGUUUGACAAGUUAAUUCCGAGACCGGCAAGAUCAUGCGACGAUCCUCCGCUUUACUUAAGGCUACGAAUGGGGAAACCAAUAGAUAAACCAAUACCUAGAAAUACUCCACUAAUGAGUUAUGGAAAAAAGAAGAUGAGACCGGAGUAUUGGUUUAGUGUACCAAAGAAUAAAGUAGAUGAAGUUUAUACGUUCCUAAAUGUUUGGGUUCCACAUUUAUAUGGGGAAUUAUCAGAAGAACAGAUACAAGCGAGAGGUUUAGUCGAAUUAGAUACAGAGCUUUGGACUGAAGAACCUCAACAGACGGGAAGUCGUCAUGGAAGUCAAGAUGGGGAACUCUCCGAUUUAACCAGGGAAAGUUGGGAGCUCAUCAAGGCCCCUUAUGUUAAGAUCUACAGCAUCAUCAAGACGCAGACCAUGUCGGCCGAUGGCAGUGACGAGGUUUUGCCCAUGUCCGACGAGCUACGCAAAGCCACUUACAUUUCGGAACCAUCCUUGGACGUCGAUUUAUCACCACCAGAUCUCGUCGGCGCUACCGAAAUACUUACAGAUACCCAUCGCGAAGCGUUGUGCAGACAUUUACCAGCUAGGGCGGAAGGAUACGUUUGGACUCUCGUUUUUAGUACGAGCCAACAUGGAUUUAGCUUAAACUCAAUGUAUCGAAAAAUGUAUAAAUUGGAAUCACCAAUUUUACUUGUUAUUGAAGACACAGACAAUAAUGUGUUUGGUGCAUUAACAUCCUGCGCUUUACAAGUAUCAGAUCAUUUUUAUGGUACUGGUGAAUCAUUAUUAUUCCGUUUUAGUCCAGAAUUCCAGGUAUACAACUGGACUGGUGAAAAUUUAUAUUUCAUUAAAGGUAACAACGAGAGUUUGAGUAUUGGAGCUGGUGAUGGAAAAUUUGGUUUAUGGCUCGAUGGGGAUUUGUAUCAAGGCCGUUCGGAACCGUGCCAAACGUACGGAAAUGAGCCAUUAACGCCGAACGUGGACUUUGUGGUUAAAACGUUGGAAUGUUGGGCUUUUAUUUAAAUUAAUUUACCUUUUCGUAUAUUAGCCAUCUAUGAUUUUCUUCGAUAUUAGGGUCAUUUUAGUUGAGUAUUUUUGACGAUGAGACGGGGAAGAGGAGCGUGCUCAAUAGGCGAGAAAUGAAAUUCUAUUUAAAAAAGUUUAAUGGGGAGAGAAAAAGAGGGAGGCGCCACGUAGAAUACGCUAUUAUUGCUGAAAACAAAACGUGGGACGGUGUAGACACUUACCGCACAAUUGUUAACAAAUUAUUAAUAACAAGAUGCUUAUAUUAGAUUCCUGCUACCAUCCACUAUUGUUAUCUUCGUGUUAUUAUUGUCGUAUUUAUUGUUUAAUUGAUUUCUAUAAGAAAUUGAUAAAAGAUGUUGGAUACAACUUUUCUUUUCUAAUGUAGUUUUUUAUUUAUGGGAUUCAAAAGCUAUGAGUUUAUCAAUGUAGUAUUUUAUUUCCUUUUGUAUAAUCCUGUAUAUAAAAUAAUGUAUACUGUCGGUUAGAAAAAUAUUAGAUGAAACCAGGUUUCUUUAAAUAUUUUCAUAACCUGACGGUUUUUAUAAAAUAGCACUGAUGAAUUUUCACCACACUGUUAACCAAUUGUUAUCCUCUUCUUUAAAUAAUUUAUGAAAUAAGUAUUUUACUCAUUAAGAUUUUAUUUCUAUGUAUUAUAUUAAGAAUUAAAAAAAAACAGAAAAAGCUGACCGAAAACUCUAGUGAUAUGCAUGUACUAAUCAAAAAAAAAAAAAUAAAAAAUAUGUGAUUUAAUUUGAAACAAAUAUAUUAUUUAAGAUUACACACAAUA